AUGACCGAACCAACGCCCCCCAUCGAACAACACCCACCAUCCUCAAGCACAACCACAAAUCCCCCGCCCACCACGACCACAACAACAGCAACGACAACCACAACCCUGCCCCGAAUCACAAUCAAAUACUGCACGCAAUGUAAAUGGAUGCUCCGAGCCGCUUAUUUCGCCCAGGAACUUCUCUCGACGUUUUCGACCAGUCUUGGCGAGGUUGCUCUUGUGCCGUGCACGGGGGGCACGUUUAUCGUGAGUAUUACUAGUUUGUCUGAGACGGAGGUGCGGGAGAGUGUGCUCUGGGAUCGGAGGGUUGAUGGUGGGUUUCCGGAGGUCAAGGUGCUCAAGAGUCGGGUGAGGAAUGUGGUUGAUCCACAGAGGGAUUUGGGCCAUACAGAUCGGGCCUUGAGGAAGGAGCAUGGGGAUAGUCAACAACAGAGUCAAGAAAAGAAAACGGAAAAGUGUGAGGAUUGUCAGGCUUAG